AUGGACAUUGGGUGCAAACGGCCGGCCACCGACGACCCUAUCGACUACAGUAGGGUGAAACGCGAAAAUUCUGCUGGCACGCCAUCUCCCUCCCCAUCGAGCACGGGGUCCUCGAGCACAGGCGGCCAGAAUCUUACCGUGACCCCGAAGACGGCCACCCCGAAACCAUUUUCGAUUGCCGAUUUGCUGGACAAUGGACAGCACCCUCCGAUGCUCCGAAAUCCGCUUCUCGAUGCGCUGGCAAACCCCCUCUUCCAGGCCAUGCAAUUUCCUCAUUUAGCAGCCAUCCUCCAGCAGGGCCUCCUCCCCAUCAACCCAUUUAUGCCUCAACUCGGCGGGAUCCCUGGGCUACAAAUGGCCGGCGCGAAUCCAGAUCUGGACACGUCCGCCUAUUCCGACACUAAUGAAAAGACGCAAUCCAACGGCGGAGACGGACGGCCAAAUUCGGAGAGCGGAAGUGCCCUGGAGAGCGAUUGCGAUGAGGAUGAGAACGGUGAUCUCCACAUAUCCGAGGAUGACGCGAAAAACGAUGGAGGGGACGCGAAAAAGAAAAAGACCAGGACGGUGUUUAGUCGGCAGCAGGUUUCCCAACUCGAGAUGACGUUCGACAUGAAGCGGUACUUGACCAGCCAAGAGAGGGCACAUCUGGCUGCUACGUUACGGUUGUCUGAGACACAGGUCAAAAUCUGGUUCCAAAAUCGCCGAAACAAGCUAAAGCGCCAGGUGACAACUGAGGACGGCUCUGUGGCCACGGCUGGCCCUGGAACCCCAUUUUCCUUAAGACCCAUCCUCCCACCGGCACCCCCUCAGAGGGUAAUGCCCCCGUUCUCGUUAAGCCCACUCGUCGCCAGCUCGACGGCAAAUCAGGCAAUGGAAAACGCCGCCCGCCUCUUCUUCAACCAGUUCAACUUUGGCGGGAUUCCAAAUUUCAAGGACGUU